UAUCGAACGGAUUUCCAUCAGCCAUAAAACCUUGAAGAAUGCUACUCACCGCGGAUGCUAAGCUCUGGCUGAACGACGAGGAAUUAAACACUGGUUUGGGAUUGAAGUAACAGGUCUCUAUAACUUGAAAUCCUGUCAAGGAGAACAUUAUAAUUUAUAAUGUUCGAUCUAGAUUCGUACCAAAACAUGGUUUUUUAACAAUAAAGAUCAUCGUGUAAAGAUCGAUCGAUAUGGCGAAAACGUUUAUACUUUUGCUGACUUUUCUAUCCACUUAUUCGUGAAUUUAUAUUGGCAAUUUAUUUAUGAAUUCGUGCCGACCUAUGCUCGUUUACGUUGUAAGAUUUAUGUUAUGUACCAAGCGAUCAUAGCCGAUAAUAGCCGAAUUUAUGGCGAUACCACGAUGAUUGACGUUAUAAUAUUUACGGUUUGCACGGUUACUAAUAUGAAAGUUUACAACGCUUAUGAUCGUUUCAUCGACCAUUACGAAAAUUAACCGCGAGAAAACAUGUAAGUACAUGGUGGAUUACGUUGUUCGAAACUUGAUAAUAGCGUGGAAGGUAGCAACGCUUCGUGCAGUAUUAUAUUUUCAUCCCUUAAUGGAGAAUGGGAAGUUUUUCUUUUUCGAGAGAAAUUGAAUGUAUAUAUAAAACUACUUUGAAACAUCGGAAUUGAUCAUCUUUUUGGGCUUGAAAAUUUGAAAAUCGACGAUUUUCAACUUUCCUUUCACAUUUUCGUGUAUUAAAAUUUUUCCGGAUCUGAAAAUAAGAUAAGUAAAAAUAAGGGUAAACAAGCGAUAAUUGAUGAUUGAAGAGAUACGUACCUGCUUUUAAUAGAGCGAACGUUUGUGAGGCAGUUUGCUUCAUGAGGCUGCCAGCUUCACCAGAGAACAUUUGCGCUUCGUGAUUUCUAACAUUACACUGCUGCAUUUACAUUACGUUAUAGGCUUGCUAAUGGCACGUGGUUAUGUUUACAAUGCGGCACGUGGCUCCUAAUGUCACUGCGCGUUGUAUUUACGCUCUGCCACGUGAUCUUUGAAUUUGCAAUGCACCUUGUAACACUACCGAAUCCUACUUACCCUUAAUUUAUUGCAUUUCAUGUAUAUAUUCUCCGAUUAGUUCAACUGAAAGAAAAUGUAAAAUGAAUUUUAAUCGUGAAGAAAAAGAAAAACAGAUUUUCCUCUCUUGUUUCUUCCAGAUAUAAUACAUUUUUAUAAUACGUUUCUAUCCACCGAAUUAAGAGAAAAAAAAACCCAAUCUCCUUCGUUCACGCGUCCAUUGCUCGAUUUGAAAAUCAAGUUUCAAAAUUUCAAAUAGAAAAAAAAAAAAAAAAAGAAAAGGACAAAACAAGACUUCGAUUCACCCAAGAAAGAAAUCCAUAACAGCGCAGGUAAACAGACUUCUUCGUAAGAUUUCAUAAAAAUAAUUUCACUAUUAUUCAAAUUAUUCCAAAUCCUCGUGCUUAAUUUUCAUGUCGCGUUUUCUCUUCGCGUUAUCCGACAACGCUCGUUUGGAAUUGUAAAACGGCUGAUGCGGUCCUCUGGGCGAAUCUUUUAAACCGUGGCACAGUAAUUUCCUUUACUGCCCGCAUUACCAUUAUCCCCGGUUAACUUUCAGCCGGCGGUUAUCCUUUCACGCUUUUUCUUUUUUCCCUAGCCGAACCCCGAUCGACCGUGUGAACGCCACGAGCCGAUGGCGGCUUUCGAACUUCUAAAUGGAGGCCACGCCGUCCACGAGAACGAAACCGCCACCAGUCCUGAUUGGGUGGAGGAGCAAAGUAACCGGGAUCGUUUAUCGCAACGCGUGUACGCAGACGGGAAAGAACAAUCGAUACAAGAACGAGAAAAGGGCGCAGACGGAUUUCACCACGGAUAAAUUUACAAACACGAAACUGGACGUGGGUGUGCAAGCGUGUUUCUUCCCCGAUAUCCGCGACAAGAUCGUGGACAGCCCUUUUAAGAGGGCGAAUCUCAAUGACGCCUCGAGCGAGAAAGUGUUGGAGAGCGUCGUAAAGAUACAGAGGUUUUACAGAGCUUACCGCGCUCGGCAAACCGCGAUCACCUCGCCGAGCGUUUCACCCCGCGCCAAGGACGAGUUGGAGCGGGAAACGGAGUUGGAGAAGCACUGGUAUCGCAGCCAAGAUUUCGUGAUACUAAACCGCGUGUCGCCGAGUACGAGGGCGGAUUUCGAGCUGUUGUACAAUCUGCUCGAUCGUUGGCGUAUCCAGGAGACGAGGAGGGCGAGCGAGCAGCUGUACAAGCCUGCCAGGAUCGCAUUCGGCGGUCUGAUCCUGUCCAAGGAGGUGGAGUUGCUGCGAGCCAUAGACUCGAUGAAGGCCAAGGUGAAUACGGAGAGAAGGGAGAAAUCUUAUAGGAAGUUUCUCGACGAGCUGUGCAGGCCCGUCGUUUGGAAGAAUGGCCGAGGGGAGCCGAUUAAGGUGGACACUGUCCUCGUGCAGAGGGCUAAACGUUUUCGAGACACGUUCCAAGACUUGUCGAGGGGGGGCGCGAACGUCAACGAACGAUUAAAGACGCUGACCGAGUUGAGAAAGGACGUCGAGGCUCACACGUGCGAGGAAUCGGACGAGUUGAUGCGUUUGUUGGAUCAAGAGAUAUACUUUCUCACUCACAGAGUGGAGGAGAGCAAGUUGAAUUGGUUGAGGAGCGGCCUUAACAUGGCUUUUCUUAGGUUGGCUAGAGAGUGUCUGAGAAAGGGAGAGCAGGAAUCAAGCUUGUCGAUCCAUGCUUGCAGAACAUGUUGCGGCAGACCGUUGACCGUGGAAAAAUUUCCACGCGAGGGACGUUCCUCUUCGUGCAAGUUGCUCUGUUUGAGAGGACCUCGACUCGUGUACCAACCCUAUCAGAGACUGCUUCGCGAUAUCAGACGGCGCGAAAUUAAAAUGUGUUGUUACAGCAGCCUGGCUUUCGCUAUCGACGCGAGGAUCGUUUACCAUUUAGUGAACGAGAUCUGGGACGGGAAAUCGGCCAUUUCCGGGAACGAUUGUUUGGAAGAGUUGAGAUUGGUGAGAUUUAGGAAGGGGGAGGAAUGGACACCGUGGAAUUCUCUUUUGCUAACUGCCAAGGAAGCCUCGUUGCAUCGAACGGCCGACGAUCUCGAGAAGUUUUACGGGACGAUGAUACUGCAAAAGUUUCACACGAAGAAUCUUCAGGCUAAAGUUCGGUUCGAGUCCGUGACUGAAUUCAAGAGUCUUUGCGGGAGGAGCGAAUGGUGUUUUUAAAGGGUUCUUCUUAUCGUUGUAUCCUCGGCGAGUUAAUUGAUUGACAGGUCGUGUUCUUGAAAUAAAAAGUUGGGAUUUUUCGAACGAAGAGAAAAAUAUGAGGCUUUGAUGAUGAAGAACUUUGGUUGAUUAAUUGCACGGUAUAUUUUAGAUGUAUAAGAAUGUGUGAGAUGUAAAAUAUAUC